AUGUCGUCUGUCUCUUCAGAUAAGGUCUCUAAAGAGAUCUUCGAUGAGAAAAACAUAGUCGGCGAACAGGUCGUUGCCGCCCCUAGCGAGAUUGAUCAUGGUAUCGUCAAAGACUGGGAUGAAGAGGAGUCUGCAGUGACGCGCAAAGUCGACUUCAUUCUCAUUCCUAUCCUCGCCCUCGCAUUCUUCGCCUUGCAAAUGGACCGUGGAAAUAUUAGCGCCGUCUUGACUUCGUCCAUUACCGAAGACUUGAAUAUCACGACGAAUCAAAUUAAUAUCGGUACGCAGCUGUUGUCUGCUGGUAUUGUGUUGUCGGAGAUUCCUUCCAAUAUCAUUCUCCAACGCAUUGGACCCCGCGUAUGGUUGUCGGGUCAGCUCUUCGCUUGGGGGCUUGUCGCAACUUUCCAGGCCUUUAUUCAAUCAUAUCCGGCAUACCUGGUGACUCGGAUUUUGCUGGGUUUCUGUGAGGGUGGAUUCAUUCCAGGCGCUUUAUACUAUCUGUCCACCUGGUACAAGAAGGACGAGACCAGUCUCCGGACCAGUCUGUUCUUCUAUGGACAGAUGUUCGCAUCUGCCACAUCCAGCUUAAUCUCUGCUGGUCUGUUGAAACUUAAUGGUAACCACGGUAUGGAGGGAUGGCGAUGGAUCUUCCUCGUUGAAGGCCUGAUCACGCUAUUCAUUGGAAUCAUUUUCACACUCUUCGUGCCUCCAGCAGCUGGGGAUGGCCGUCCGCUGAUUGCCAUGGGCCGAUGGAGCUAUUUCACCGAGCGCGAAUCCCACAUCAUUCGCAACCGUGUUCUGCUAGACGAUCCUCGCAAGGCUCGUGGCCAUAUCCAGAUCACCAAGUCGGAUAUUUGGAAGACCAUCAAGGAGCCAAGAAUCAUGCAGCAUGUGCUCUUGACUUUGGUUUCAAUGUCUGGGUUCCAGGGUUUGACUCAGUAUACUCCAACCAUGAUCAAAAAGUUGGGUUUCGAUUCUGUUCGCGCCAAUGCAUUGGCUUCCGUGCCUGUGUACUGUAGCAUGGUGUGGUUGGCUAUUCUCUCGUUUGCCGGUGAUCGGACCGGCCACCGUGGGCCGUUUGUGCUUCUAGCUAUCACCUGGAAUGUUAUUUCCUACGUGUGUCUGCGCACAAGCAACCCUCAUGCCUCCCAAUGGCACCGGUAUGGAGUUAUUGCCGUGGCCAAUAUCUCCUAUUGCAGCAUGCACAUCCUCAACGUUGGUUGGCUGUCAUUCUAUUGCCGCACCCCCCAAGAGCGAAGUGUCGCCAUGGCGUUGGUUGUCAUGGCUGCCAACUGUGCCGGUAUCUCCGGGUCUCAGAUCUUCCGCACAUCCGAUGCGCCAAAGUAUUUACAUGGUCUCACCGCAAUUUGCUCGCUGGCCGGUGCAUCAUGGGCCUUAGCGGCGAUUCUCUGUGCACAGUAUUACAUUCGCCGUGGAAAGGCGGUGGCCGAUGAUAAGAUAUGA